AUGGAACUGACACCACCGAAGCGAACGCUUCUAAUUCUGCUGCUGGGCUUGGUCGUGGCUUUGCUGGCGGAUUCCUCGCAGGCCGCCCGCCGCCUGCGAAAGAAGCCCAAGGUCUACAAUGCCCUGAUCACCACGGACGACAACCUGACCUCCAGCCGAGCCUAUCCGGUCAUCCAGCCCACGAUCCAUGAGCCGGGCUAUGCCCCCUUCGGACCCUACAAUCCCUAUGGCUUCUACAGUCCUCCAUUGGUGAGAUUUGGUCAGCCAAUCGUGCCGGGUUUAAUGCCAAAUGAGAGGCUGCCAUAUCCCCUGCCAACUUCCUCGCAAUAUCCUGCUGGGUUUGCACCCUAUGAGCCCCAGCAACCUGCAGAAGGUCCUGUGGAACAGCAACCUCUGCCACAGGCGCCACCCGGUAACCUGGAGCCCAAGGAGAUGACCAAAGAGCAGAUGAUGCCACUGCCCCUCAACCAGCAGGGUUUUCCUCCCGUGCUCAUUCCCCUGCCAUCGCAGCUGCGAGGACAACCCAUGCACCUGCCUCCAUAUCCUUAUAGCCAGUAUCCGGUGAUCUACGACCAAGCGGGAUAUAUACGCCAGAACUACCUGCCGCCGUAUGACUACUAUCCCAGCCAAGGUUACCCUACAGCUGCUCCAGCUGCCACACCACAGGCGGAGGAGGAACAGCCACAAAUUCAGCCUCAGAUUCAACCACAGAUUCAGCCUCAGAUUCAACCACAGAUUCAGCCACAGAUUCAGCCACUUCCCUUGGACAACCUGGAGCCAGCGAAGCCCAGUUUCGAGGACAUCCGCAACGGAUCGGCGAGCAAAAACCGCGCCGUUCCGGAUGUCCCGCCGCCACCAAUACCAUCUGGACCGAAGCGCCCGAGACCGGCGGAUCCGGACAACUGAUAUACCCGGAUAAAUCCGGUCACUCAGCCGCCUCCACAAACACGUAUUUAUUACCAUUUCGCUUAAG